GGGAUGCUUCGAAGUUCGAAAGGCGCAUGCACGGCCCGCCGCCCGCGGCCGCCGACGCCAGUUCUACCGCGAUCGCGAACCGCGUCACGCCUCCACGUCGCGAAAUGUAAACAGUUUAACCUAAAAGUGCGAAGUGACUGGUGAAAAAGUUUAAAACCAGGAAGCUCACGAACUCACAUUUUUAGACUUCCAAAUCCACCUUCAGUGAUUGACUAUGAGAGAAUAAGCGAAAAACAAUGUCCGGACGCAGGGCGAAGUGUCUGAGUGUCGAGUGUUGUGCACAGUGAACUGUGAAGUGCCUGGAACAUGUGAAGCCGAGCACGAUGUGGACGGCUGAGCUUAGCUGUAUUAUCAUAUUGUUCGGGGUAUCAGCAGACGGCGGGGGCUGGGAGCCGCUCGGGCAGCCGUACUUCGACAACAGCACGAAGCGGGAAGCUACCGCCGCCGUGGGCCAGCCGGCAUACCUGCACUGCCGAGUUAGGAACCUAGCGGAUAGAGCGGUAUCCUGGAUCCGCAAACGAGACCUCCACAUCCUCACCGUGGGCGUCCACACUUACAGCAGCGACGCGCGUUUCGCAGCGCUCCAUGCAGACGGUUCCGACGAGUGGACACUGCGCGUGUCACCUGCACAGCCGAGAGACUCCGGCGCGUAUGAGUGCCAGGUGUCCACUGAGCCUAAGAUCAGUCUCUCGUUCCGGCUCACUGUAGUAGUAUCAAAAGCGGAGAUUCUGUCCGGGCCCGAGCUGUUUGUGCGCGCGGGCUCCGAUAUCAACCUCACCUGCGUCGCUAAAUACGCUCCUGAUCCUCCCAGUUUCAUCUACUGGUACCGUGGCGACCAGGUGGUGAACUACGCGCAGCGCGGCGGCAUCAGCGUGGAGACAGAACAACGUACGCGUACGAGCCGGCUUCUCAUAGCGCGCGCUGCGCCGCAUGACUCGGGGAACUAUACGUGUGCUCCAAGCAGCUCCGAGUCCGCCUCGGUAAUAGUGCACGUACUGAGCGGAGAGCGGCCGGCAGCCAUGCAAAGUUCUGGAUCGUCCCCGCCAGGCCUCAACCGGGCGAUCUUAGGCCUCGCCACCGCCACGACAGUCUUUAGGCCUCGUCUGUGGCUCGUAUUCGUGCUCCCCGCCAUCGCAAGCCAAGUCACCACCAUCGCUCUCCUCGUGGCCAUUGCACUAAUCCCAGCCUUGGAUCUCAUCAACUAUGUAGUAAGUGAAGACUUAAAUUCGAGAUGACCAAUUUUCUUACAGAAGUUUUAAACAUUAAGAGAAUAUAUUCUAGUCAUUUGUGUAUUCAAUUUCAACCAUACCAUUGUUGGAUGUAUUUAAAUACAACGACUAUAAAGUAGAUAAUUUUUUCGUGUUGAUAUUACGAUUAAAUCUUUAUUGUCAAAAUAUUAUCGUCAAUUUUAAUGGUAAUUCUAUAAAAAAACUUUGCUCAUAGAAGCUCUGAGCCUGUUGAAUUAUUAAACAUUUUAGGCUUUCUUUGUAAUUUAUGCUACUGUAGCGAAAAAUGUGAUCAGUUAUUAAAAGAAAAAAUUAUCAUACACCCAUUCGUUCAUAUCAACUUGAAAUGUAUUACGGCAAGUUUUAACUUGACUUGUAUAGUUUGAUGCUUAAAUAUAAGGAUAAAAUUAAUAUGCUGAAGGAUUUGUACAGUAAUGUUAAUAGUUUUAAACAAGUAUAAUAACUAAUCAUCGGUAUUUUUGGAGAAAAAUCGAACUCACAGAGAUAACAAAGCUUUGAGCGAUUACUAGUUUAAUGAAAAGUUAUAAUAAGUUAGUUUAUCGAUAUGGGAACUCAUAAUCUGCCAUGGAAAUUUUCCGCAAGAAAUCAGAAUCUUAAAUAAAUCAGGUUUGUAUUUACUUAGUUGUGAGACGGCAACAUAUGAUGAAAUCUAAGUAGGUUACCGUGUCACUUUAUAACAUUUAUGGACAGUUGAUUUUCUGGCUUAUACUUAACUGACUCUUCAAUUCUUUUGUUUUUCCAACUAACUACCUUAAUCUCGACGAGGAUUACGAGCAAAUGGAUUCUGUUAUUUGGAUCAAAGAUGAACCAAGAUUCAAUGCGAAGGGGCUUAACUGUGUUUAGGAUGACUAAGCUGUUAGUUGUUUUAGAUACCACGAUCAGAACAAGUAGGCUAAUCUGUGUGUUAAGGAAAAUUCGCCUUAUCUUGUUGUUUGCAAGCUAUUGCCAUGUUCUUUACCUCUAAUUUAUAAUGUAUUAAAACAUAAAACAAUAGUAGUCAUCUGUUUUUCUUUUUAUAAGUUUGGCACUGUUUUUAAAUGAUUCAGUGGUGGCAGCAUGGUUCCAUUUUUAUCGCUUGUCACUAUGCCCGUCACUUUUGCACUUACAUACUUGUUAGAAUGAGACAGGCAUGGUGACAAAUAAUAAAGAGCCAACCAUCUUAGCCCUACUGGUGUAGAUGCCCAGGUUGUUCAACGGCAGAUUUCCGAUUUCAAAUUUAAAUAAUUUUCGAACGCGAAAUACCGGAGAGAUGAAGGGGGAGAGGUGUUUCUUGAGUGUUGCGGAUUGAUUACUGUCAGUGGAUCGCUGGCCAGCAGAUCAGCGUUUAUGCUAUUGAGGCGAAUAGUACUUAAAGAGUUUUCAUUUAGUACGGUCUUCAAGUUUUGCAUUAGUUUCUUAUAAUGCGAGAAAUAUCGGAAAAAUGCAUUGGUUGCGAAGGUUGACAUUUAGAUACUGUUAUAAACUAAAAACGAAUUCGCAUUUCUCUUAUUUUUACGAAAUAAACAGUUUUAGUUUAUAGUCUCGCUUUGUGUGGUAGGGCAAAGCACUGCGGAUGUCAUUCCAGAUCUAGAACAGAGCCCAACUGGGGAAGUACCUCCACCUUACAGAAAACCGCAGCCAAAUAACACUAGACCCUACUCAUAGUGUUGUGUUCCUGCCGGUGAGUAAAGUUGCCAGCUUAACGAGGGGGGAUUAGAGUCGGAAACGCGUAUGUAACUCCUCUUGAGUUGCAAGCGUACAUAGGAUGUGGAGACUGCUUACCAUCAGGCGGGCCGUAUGCUUGUUUGCCACUGACGUAGUAUAAAAAAAUGUUUUUAGUUUUGAAAUCAGAAAACUGCAGCUGGACACCCAGUAUUUUAAUAAACAACUUGAGAUAUGAGAAGGACACAUAAUGGUUGUACAUAUUUAUAUACAUAGUUAACUUGACCCAUGUUGAGAUAUAAAAAUAACCGAGGGACGUUUCCCUCAUUAUUGUGCACAGGAAUCAAGACUUUGUCCGCGAUACUUGAGGUAAUAAUAAACUAAAUUAAACUGGCUACAUCUUUCCUUUGUGUUGAACUUAGACAGGAUUCUUCAUAGUUUGUUCUACCGGUGUAAACUUAAUAACACACCUUCAUUUAUAGUUAGUUUUAACUUCUCCGAAUAAUUUUAAAACUAUUUAAUUAAAUGUCGUUAUUAAAUAUUAACUCAAAUAAUAAUCCAUUUUAUAUAAUGUGUGGUCACAAUGUGGACGAUUUAGAAAACAUAUAAUUGAUUUUAUUUUGUAAUAAAAUAAAUAAGAUUGCUGGUUUUAGGGUUCCGUGCGCAAAGAGUAAAACAGGACCCUAUUACUAAGACUCCGCUGUCCAUCCGUCUGUCUGUCUGCCUGUCUGUCUGUUUGUCGGUCUGUCACCAAGCUGUAUCUCAUGGACUAUGAUAGAAAGUUGACAUUUUCACAGAUGAUGUAUUUCUGUUGACGCUGUAGCAACAAAUACUAAAAAGUACGGAACCCUCGGUGAGCGAGUCCGACUCGCACUUGUCCGGUUUUUUUGUUUUACCAUGAGUAGAUAAAAUUAACAGUGAACGAGAUGAUAUUAUAACUGAACAUAUUAAUUAUAUUAACACUUAUGUUUAAAAAUACAUUUGUAUAUAAAAAAAUCUUCUCGAUUUUGAAUACACUGUCAGUAAAGACAUGUUGAUUUUUUGCCUAUAUGUUUGUAUGAAAUUAUGUAUUUUCUAGUGUUAAAACUUGCCUAAGAUAGACAUAACUGUAUCAUAAUGUUUAGCCGUAACUGUCUAUUGCCCUUUUACCUUUAAUAUUUUAGACAAUACCUAUAUUUUAUUGUUAAGGAUCGUGGACUCCAUGGGUGCAAGGUGAAAUGCAUGACCAUAACGUCUUAAAGACGAUGAUCUCUUUUUCAGCUUGAAACUAAAUAGCAACCCAGUAGCCUCUGCAUGAGUGCGUCACAAUAGUAUACAGGGUGAUUUUGGGGUCGUGGAGCAAGAGAAAAAGACAUCACACAGAAUUCAAAGAUGAGUCUAAUGAUGUUGCUCAUUAUUUAUUAUCACCAAUAAUUAUGAUUAUUUUUCAGAUGACAAGUAGAAGAAAACAUGUUUGCGUACAGUUUGGUCACCCUACUCAAUGUGACGUCUUGUCAUUUUCCAUACAGCGUAUGUCAAAAGUCAUAGGGUGACCAUGAUUACUUCAUAUAAGUUUAAUUUUACUUGAAAAAUAAUAAAAAUUAAACUAAUUAUCUUUCAAUCAAAUACUAUCGUAUGAUAAUGUAAAUCAUUUAUAGAUUCAGAAAAAGUGGUUCUGGAUCACGACCCAGAAAUCACCCUGUAUAUGCCCGCGCGAAACAUAUUACCCGGAUUUUUCAAAUUGCAUUACUUAGAAAGGGAUGGGCAGUAUUCCGUGCGCGAGAUACUGCCGCUGCGCACUCUUGCAAACGUGCGAGACGACAAACGAAUGUUUUGCUGACAGAUUUUAUGACACACUUAAAAAAAUCAAACAAGUUAAAUCGAAAUACGGACUCUCAUUUAUUCCAAAGAAACAGAAAAUUAGUUUUCAUGUUCGAAACAAAAAAACUACCAGUACCCCUAGUGUAAAUUUAAUCGACAUGAUAACGUGACGUACGCGUUUGCGUUAAGUCUCAUUUUGUAUAGGAUUUUGAGUUUCCAAAACGUCCCGCUUGGCGCGCUCUUUCUAAAUCCAAUACAAAAUGAGACUAAACGCAAACGCGUACGUCACGUUUCAAAAUCGAAUUUAUUUACACUAGGGGUACAGUUUACCAUUCUUUAUCCUAAGGUAAUCUAAUAAAGUGUUGAAUGCUUUACCCGUACUUAAGAAAUACUAUGUGACGUUCCAUUCCCAAAAAAAUUAAGGACCCUUUUUAGACAUGGAAGGUACGGGUGCACAUGGAUCAUAAAGACCCUUUGGAUAUGGAUCGCCAUAUAUAUAAGCUCUCUUCUCAUCAAACAUUCAAACGUGGGCCUACUCUAUUUUUAUCAGCGCUAAAAUUUACAUUAACUUUGGCCUAAUGAACGAACUUCGACAAUGUUUGCAUUCCAAUUUUUUGUUUAUUAAUUUUUUAUCAAGUUUAGGAAUUGUACUUGUAAAUAAAUGUAUAUAAUACAUAUUACAUAAGACAUGUAAAUAAAUAGAGUGUAAAAUUAAACUUAGAUCUAAAAUUUAAAAUUAUUUGUAAUUUCGUGACAGCCAAAUAUAAUUUUGUGUAUUUACUCAAGUUGGUUUAAAAGCGAAUGUUUCAAACAUCGCAGUCGGUUAAAAACUUAAAAGUAGAUAAUGAAAUGGGUUGUGUAAUAAACUAUCAAAGUGUAGUUGUAUUUAAAAAAUGUUAUUUAAUGAUUUGUAAGGAUAAUAACAGACUAGUCAUAAAUUAUUCGAAAACA